GCGCAUUUAAAGCUUACAGUUCGCUUUUGAAUUUCUCGCGGUGCGGUUGUGACUACAAGGGCCUGGCCAGUGCGGAAACCGGUUCUCCGAAAUCGAGCAAUAGAAAUUGAAAACUUCAAGGCGGCCCCCAAAACCCACAACUCAAAACCCAAAGCCAAACCUUUAAUUGAAUAAAAAGGGUGUCAAUAUUAGCAUAGACACGUUUGGCUGACCAAAGGCAUCAUGCUGUUUGCAUUGUUUUGGCUUCUCUUUGUGGGCCUGCUGCUGUGCGCGUUUCUCUUCUCGAAAACGACCAAGGAGUUCCCCAAGUCAUGGUUCGAGUGGAAGACAGAGUUCCGGUACCAAUAUUUGGGCAUUGUGGGACUCAUCCACGAUGCACACUACGCAGCGCGGGAUCGUGUGGCACUUUAUAAGCAGCCGGAUCGCAUCGCUGUCAUCACGGGAGGUAAUCGUGGCAUUGGACUACGAAUUGUGGAGAAGCUGCUGGCCUGCGACAUGACUGUUGUCAUGGGUGUUCGCGAUCCCACAAGCGCCGAAGCCGCCGUUGGAGCAAUUGUGGAUCUGAAGGAGUCCAAGGGCAAGCUGAUCUGCGAGCAGCUGGAUGUGGGAGAUCUGAAAUCAGUGCAGGCCUUUGCACAGCGCAUCAAGGAGCGCUACACGAAGGUCGAUCUGCUGCUGAACAAUGCUGGCAUUAUGUUUGCGCCCUUCAAGCUCACCGCCGAUGGUUACGAGUCGCACUUUGCCACGAAUUACUUGGGACACUUUCUGCUCAGCCAUCUGCUGCUGCCACGCCUCAAGGCGGCGGGCAAGCCAGGCAAAAAUGCGAGAAUUGUGAAUGUGAGCUCCUGCGUGAAUCUCAUUGGACGCAUCAACUACAAGGAUAUCAAUGGAAAUCAGCAAUAUUAUCCAGGCACCGCCUACAGUCAGUCGAAGCUCGCCCAAAUCCUCUACACGCGCCACCUGCAGACGCUGCUGGAUGCAGAAAAGUCGCACGUGCAGGUGAAUGUCGUGCAUCCGGGCAUUGUGGACACGGAUCUCUUCGAGCACUCGGCCACCACAUCGGUGCCCAUGUUCAAGAAGCUCUUCUUCAAGACGCCGGAGCGUGGCUCCCGCACGGUCGUGUUUGCGGCCAUUGAUCCCUCGAUUGAGGGCCAGGGCGGCACUUAUCUGAGCAACGGCGGCAAGGGGCCCUUCCAUCCGGAUGCUAGGAAGCCUGAAAAGUGCGAGAAAUUCUUCAAGUUCUCCUGUGAGCUGCUCAAGAUUAAACAGUAUGGAAAUGGCGAAUAUUGACAGCAGACAUUCCCUCUUCACACACAUUCCGCUAAACGCUAACUUGGUGCAACGCUUAAACAACUUUUAACACAGAUUUUAGUCUCUAUUUGUUUGUGUAACGAAUUCUUGUAUAAAAUAAUUUUAUAUAGAAA